UGUGGUCCGGCUUUACGUUACCCGGGCCCGGUGGCCGAUUUGCUCCGAACAUUCAUCAAGUCGACUCUUUUCCUUCUCCAUGCAUACAAUUAAUUGUACGGACCUAAUGAAAGGGCCAGCACACCUGAGUUAACCUUACUCCCUGGGAAGAGAUAUAUCAGUUCAAGCAUGAAAUGGCAUAGUUUACCUUCAACUUCGUGUUGUAAAUUAAGCUUCAAUAACGUCAGAAAACGUUCAACCCCGUUGUCAUCUGGAAUCCGCUUGGGAUCCGCAUGAGAAGCAUGUUCGGCUCGUAGUGCGUUCCAAACAAAAGUCAAUAGCAGGGAGGGCCACUGUGUACUACGUUUCGCUAUUUACACACAACUAUCGAUCUCGAAGAUGUCGAUGAGUGCCAACCCGGUGCUGCUGUUCCUCUACAGGGCCGCCAUUGCCCUAGCUGAUACUUGGUCUUGCUUCUUCCCCUCUCGCAGGUGCCUGCCUGCCCCAAGAGAAGUGGAUAUUGAUGCCGAAACAGACGAGCAGCUGCUCGCCCGUUGCAAGUCUGUUUCUGACGAACAGUGGUCACCCUUUUCUAGUUGGGACAAAUGUGCAGUGAGGCUCAGCCCUGAUGUGGUCGGCAAGCUGGUUACCUGCAGCGAUACGGGUUGGUCGCCAGAAGCGCAGGCUCAGGAACUUGUUCGUAAUCAGACCAACAUCCCGGUCCCUGCCGUCCGUCGAGUUCUCCCUAUGGAUGAUCUCUGCGUGCUUGUUAUGGACUACAUACCUGGCCGCACUCUGUCGACUGUUUGGCACACCAUGUCGAUCUGGAAAAAAAUCAGUACCGCUGUUACCUUGCGUCGAUAUGUUCGCGAGCUUCGCUCCAUCCGUCACCCCAGGGAUGACAUACCUGGUCCCUUAGGAGAGGGGCGGGAGCCACUCCCAUGUAUCUCGUCGGUCCUCUUUACCGCAGUCGAACGGGGCCCCUUUCCCUCCCAACAUGACUUCAUUCAAUUCUUCAACACGGCCAAGGAGAAAGCCGCCUGGCCCGGUAGUGUUGCGCCGGCGUUGCCUUCACGAAAUGAGGCAGGCCCGCUGGUAUUCUCACAUGUUGACUUUGUCAUGCGCAAUCUCAUGGUUGGGGAUGACGGGCAACUAUGGUUGAUAGAUUUUGGGCAGGCCGGGUUUUAUCCACCAUGGUUCGAAUUUGUUAACAUGCUGGGUGAUCAAUUUGUCGGUGCACAGGACCAAGAAUGUGACGCUGUCUGGCGAGCGCUGAUACCUUUCAUAUGUGAUCCAUACAUCGAGUUGUAUAACUGGAUAGUCACCAUACCUCCGCCCUGCUUGUAAUAUAUAUAUCAUAUAUAUGCCUUCCUUCCUUGUUACACAUUGAGUCCAUCAGACAGUGCAGAGGGCAAAUCAUCAGUACUAUUGUUACAAAUAUU